AUGAGGGACAAUUCUUUUUCACUUCGACUUGUAAUCUUUGCAUACUUUCUAGUACCUUUCAUUCCCCACUUCCCGCAUGCAAUUGCAGCAACAGGUUUAACUGGUGGUGGUCACGGCGGUACUGUGCCGGUGAGUGACGGACCUACGGUGAGGAAAGAAGAGAGGCGGCCGUUAGAGUCGUCGGAGUUUGGUGAAGUCUCAGGCGUUAAGAUUAGUGAUGGUGAAAAUGGUUGCUACCACCUCCAUUUUAUUACCAUGGACGCUAACUCUCUAUUCCUUCCUGUUCAUCUUUAUUCACAAAUGGUUUUCUAUGUUAAUUCAGGCAGUGGAACUCUGAACUGGAUGAAUGUCGAGGAAGAUGACGAUAAGCUCCGAACAGUAAAGUUGCAGAAGGGAGACAUCUACAGACUGAGUCCCCAAACUGUUUUUUACUUGCAAAACGACAUACACUACCAAGACCCCCAGAAACUUGAAAUUUAUGCCAUUUUUUCAGCUUCAGAUUACCAACUACAAAACGGACAAUUCGCCAAAGCUUACGCCAGUGUUCAAGAUCUACUGCUAGGGUUUGAUGACAAAGUCCUUCAGUCAUCCCUAAGUGUGCCGGAGGAAGUGAUAGAAGAGCUACGAGAAGGGAAGCAAUCUUUGAUUGUGCAAGGACAACCUGAAACGAAUAGAUCCAUGUGGGAAGUUGGUUCUCGAGCUAUCAGAGCCUUCAUAGGAACCAAGAAUGAUGGAUUAUUCGAAGUUGAAAACGAUAAGAAAGCAUACAAUAUUCUUAAGGCGGAUCAUGAUGUUGAAAAUUGCUAUGGAUGGAGUACAACUGUGACCAGAAAACAAUUGGAUGUGUUGAAAGACACUGAUUUCGGUGUUGUAAUGGUGAAUCUCACCAAGGGAGUGAUGAUGGGACCUCAUUGGAACCCAAAUGGUGAUGAGGUAGCUGUUGUGUUGCAUGGACAAGGAAUGAUUACAGUGGUUUGUCCUACCAUUGAGAAUCAAAAAGUGUGCAAGAACUCAAAGUUUAGAGUUGCAGAAGGUGAUGUGUUUGUGGUGCCAAGAUAUCAUCCGAUGGCUCAAAUAUCCUUCAAUAACGACUCCUUUGUUUUCAUUGUGUUCACGAUUACAUCAAAGAAAAAUCAUCCUCAAUAUCUAGCUGGAAAGUCGUCGAUUCUCAGGAAGCUGGGUAAAAAAGUGUUGACGAAGUCUUUUAAUGUCAGGAACACGACAAUUGAUCAACUUUUGUCUGCUCAAAGAGAAUAUGCCAUCUAUGAAUGCACGUCGUGUGCUGAGGAAGAAGAAGCUGGUAGGGAAAGGGAGGGAGGAGGUGGAAGAGGUGGAGGAGGAUGGAGGCAUGAUGAGAAAGAAAGAGAAGGAGAAGUAGCCAGACGGGAAGAGGAAGAGAGGCAAAGGAGGCAGAGAGAGGCGGAGGAGGCCGCUGGGAGGGGAAGAGUGGCUGAGGGGGAAGGUGGCAGCUACGGUCAUGGAAUUGAAUGA